AUGGCGCAUUCAUACCCAUACCCGCCUAUCCCCGCCGAUUGUGUGGACCGACAAGGGACGCUGCCGGUGAGUUCUAGCCAUUCGCCGCGGGAGUUGAUUCUGGUGUCAGAAACGACCUCCGACGAGUGGGGCGCCAAAGAAGAGGCGGCCGCCAGAGCUCUGCAAGAGGGCUCCGUGGCACUGAGCAAUGCACGCCUGCAUCGUACGCACAACCGCUCGCUGGCGCCGUGUCCCUUCGCGUACAAGACGACUGAGACGACCGGCAAAAAUUUGGGUGGUGAGUAUCAGUCCAGCGGCUGUAGAAAAGACCCUCUGCAUCGUCGGGUCCAUCCACGCCGGUUUCUCAACGAGUCGGACUUGAAACUGCUCCGCCGGUUCUUUCCCUCGGCCAAAGGAGUCCGGGUGUUGAUUUCCGGGUUCAGGAUCGUCUUAUUUCAGAAUCGCAAGGAUAUCGAAGCGUCCUGGUUGGAGGGAUGUGUGCCCUUAUUUGGCUUCCUGCGCCUGGGAUAUGAUGUGGCCGUGCAUUAUCCCACCACGACAGUGGUGGAGAGCGGCAAUGCUGUUGCAGACUCGCCCCAGAAGGGUGAGCCGGUUACGCCGCUGGGCCUCAGGCUGAAGCUCUCAGACGGGUCGAUUGCGCACAAGGAUGCAGGAAGGAUAAUCCGGAUGAAGUCCGUCUUGUGCAAGUCCACAUGGAUGAAGGUCAAAGACGCGAUGAAGAUGAAAUCCACCGAGAACUCGCCCCUAGGCAAAAUCGUGUGGUUCGCCGAGGAACCGAAAGAGAAAAUCGGCAAUGUCACGACCAGCUAUGACCACCACAUCUCACGGUCACCCACAUUCGCCCAGACCAUCGAGCAUGACACCUCUAUCGUCCCCGGCGAACGGCUGCCCAAAAGUGUUGAAUCUGAAUCCCCCACGGGCACCGAGGGUUGUCGGCUGGGGUGA